AUGUGUUCACAGUUGCAGGUCAUGGUGCUGGUUCUGUCUGUCCUUGUAAUGGUGGGCAGGAUCCAAGCAGCUCCUAGAACAGAUCUGCUAACUUAUCUGCUCGAAAAUGAGCCAGAUGAAAACAAGGACCUUUCUUACAUUCUCCUGCUGAAACUCCUUUCUGAGAUGGAGAUUCCAGGUGAAAAUAAUGUGCUUUCUCUCGAAGACGGAGAGGUGAAGAACCAUGUCCUCCGCCAGCUUCCCUAUACCCAGCGAGACAGGAAAGCUGGCUGCAGAAACUUCUUCUGGAAGACCUUUACCUCAUGUUAGCUACCCCCUUUAAAAAACCAGCUUGUUUUUAACUAUGUUUAAUGUUAAGGAAAUAUAUGCUGUAGCUUAUGUAAUUUUCUUUGUUAAGAAGAUUUUUACUGUAGUCUAAGUUUUGUUUUGAGAGAAUUUGUUUUGUCUUCUUGGUGCCAAAAAGAAUCUACUUUCUGUAGGAUUGCAUCUGGAGUAGGAUUUAUUGCAUUACUUUUGAAAUGUUCCAUUUAUAUAGGUGCAUUUAUGUUGGGGUUUGAGUGCUUAUUAUUAUAAUACUUGUUUAUUUAAUAAAUGGUGGCUUUAGCUACCAACAACAUAGUAACAAGUAUGUGUUUCAAAAAAAUGUAUAACAUGUUGGCACUUAACAGAAAGCUGUAGUUCUAGCCAUGACAGUCAUAUCUAACUUUUGUCUUAAGGUGGUGGCUUAUAUGCAAGGCUGAUUCCACAAAAAAAUGA